CGCUCCGACAGGCGGGUCCUGGGAAUUCUGGGAAAUGUAGUCCACACGAUCUGUGGCCUGCGGGUGUCUCUGCCUACAAGGGCGAAUGCCGUGAAUUCCGGGAAGUGUUUUCGGGAAGCAGGCUUUUCUCCCUGCCUGAGUGGAGGCAGAGGUAGUCGACUUCUUGACAGCUGGCAGCAAAGCUCCUGGCACAGUUCUGCUCUCCUGAUAUCGACGUGCCUUAGGACUCUGCCUAUUCCAUGAGGAGGAGGGAAAAUGACCACAUUCAAUGAGAUGGUGACGUUUAAGGACGUGGCUGUGGUCUUCAGUGGGGAAGAGCUGGAGCUGCUAGACUCUGCCCAGUGGAAGCUCUACCAAGAUGUGAUGCUGGAAAACUUCAGGAACCUGCUCUCAGUGGAUGCAUUCCAUUUGAUAAGGAAAGAGAAGUUUUGGAUGAUGAAGACAGCUACCCAAAGAGAAGGGAAUUCAGGAGGCAGGAUCCAAACUGAACUAGAGACUUUUCCAGAAGCAGGACCACAUGAAGAGUUAUCUUGGCAGCAAAUCUGGGAACAAAUUGCAAGUGACUCAACCUUCAGUCAAGACUCAAGUAUUCAUAGCUCUCAGUUCCCCAGCCAAGGUGACUCACUGUGCCAGGACGGGCCAGGAUUAUCUCUAAUUGACACAAGAAAGGAAGUUUACCUGGAUGAUGAAUGUAAGCAGUCCCUCAGUGAUGUCUCCAACUUUGACCUUCAAUGGUUAUACUCAGGAGGCAAGUCUCAUAGAGGUCUUGAGUGUGGAAAAAGCUUCAGUUGUAGCCCAGGCCUUCGUAUUCACCAGAGAACUCACAUGGGACUGAAUUGCUAUAAGUAUGAUGAGUGUGGAAAGGAAUUGAGUCAGAGAUCCUCCUUGCUGCAAACUUAUCAGAAUGUGCACACUGUAGAGAAACCAUUCAAAUGUGAGCAGUGUGGGAAAGGCUUCAGUCGUAAAUCUGUACUUAAUGUUCACUGCAAAUUACACACAAGAGAGAAACCUUACAAAUGUGAGGAAUGUGGGCAGGCCUUCAUUCAUUAUUCACAGCUGCAGGAACAUCAGAGAAUCCACUCUGGGGAAAAACCAUUCAAGUGUGACGUAUGUGGUAAGAACUUCUGUGUUAAAUCAACACUUCACAGGCAUUUCUUGGUGCAUACAGGAGAGAAACCAUUCAGAUGUGACACAUGUGGUAAGAGGUUUCGUCGGAAAUCAGCCCUUAAUAGACACUACAUGGUCCAUACAAGAGAGAAGCAAUACAAAUGUAAGGAGUGUGGGAAUAAUUUCAUUGAUAGGCGAGAGCUUUAUAAGCAUCAGAUGGUUCACACAGGAGAGAAACCCUAUAAUUGUGAAGAAUGUGGGAAGAGGUUUAGAUGGUCCUCCUACCUUUUGAACCAUCAGCGAGUCCACAGAGGAGAAAAACCAUUCAAGUGUGAAAAGUGUGGGAAGAGCUUUACUCAGAAUUCAUAUCUUCAUUGCCAUCUGAGGGUGCACUCCAGAGAAAAGCCCUACCGAUGUUAGGAAUGAGACAAACAAUUCAAAUAUGAGCUGUGUGGGAAGAGAUUUACUCAGAAUUCACAACUUCCUUUCCAUCAGAGAGUCCAUAAUGGGGAAAAGUUAUGAAAGUGUGAGGAGUGUGGGAAGAGCUUCAGCUAGGCCUCAACUCAUUUGACCCAUUAGAGACUCCACAAUAGCAGAACCAUGCAAUUGUGAAGACUGUGGGAAGAGCUUUGGACACACAUCAUACAUUAAAGACCAAGAGAAAGUCCACAGUAGAGAAAUGCCUUAGAAAUCAAGGACUGUGGAAAGUGGAGCUUGAAUCUUGAUUUGUGUUAUAAGGCCCACACAGGAGAGAAGCCAAGCAGAUAUGGAGAGUGAGGUAAUUGCUUUGGUCAUCCCUAAGAUUUCAACUGCAUUAGAGCACCCCCCAACCCCUGAUAAUUACCUUGGAAAUGAGAUGCAUGUGGUGAUGUUUUGUUUGUUUGUUGUUUUUUUAAUAUAUAUACUUUUAGUUGUCAGUGGGCCUUUAUUAUAUUUAUUUAUGCAGUGCUGAGAGUUGAACCCAGUGCCUCACACAUGCUAGGCAAGUGCUCUACCACUGAGCUACAACCCCAACCUGCGGUGAAGUCUUUAGUCAGUCUUUAUAACUAGUCUCAUUAGAAACCUCAUAAAUGGGGGUGAAGGUGAUAACACUCAGUUUAAAUUCAUACCUUUACUUCAUCAAAGAAUCCAUGCUGGUGAAAAAUGUUAUCCGAGGAAGUUUACAAGGGAAAACAUUCAUUAAGAAAUGUUUCAUGGGCUGGGGAUGUGGCUCAAGCAGUAGCACGCUCGCCUGGCAUGCGAGCAGCCCAGGUUCGAUCCUCAGCACCACAUACAAACAAAGAUGUUGUGUCCACCAAAAACUGAAAAAUAAAUAUUAAAAAAAGAAAUAAUACACAGAGCUUGCACAAACCCUUUAAAAAAAAAAAAAGAAAUAUUUCACCCCAGCUCAGCAUGUCCCAGUGGUCUCAGGACCACAUAGUGGAGCACCCUUGUAAGUGGUGAAGUAAGGGUUUCAUUCAGAAGUUUGACAAUUAUAGUCAUCAUUCAAAGAUAGCCCUUAGGAAAAAUAAGUUGGUUAGGUAUAAUGAUUCCCAUAUGUCUACUAGACAUGUCCCUGAGGGCAGGGACUUUGCUACUGAAUCUCCACAACUUUAACAUUGAUUAGCACUUGGUAGGUGUGUUCAGCACCUGUUUAUUAAUGGAUCAAAAAUAGAAAACAUACAAUAUUUGAAAAUUGUAUCAAGAAGAGGAAACCUGCAGAAAAUAACUUGAAGAACAAACAUGAAUUAAAAGGCAGAAUGCAACUAGAGCUGCAAUUGAGAGCACUAUUUUGGAUAUUAUUACAUUUGCCUCCUGGCUUCUCCCCAGUGUCUGAAUCUUUUGAAUUUUUUUUCAUACUACAGCCUGAAAGGUUUUGUUAACUGCAAUAACAUACCACUGAUUAUUUCACAAUUAAAUUUUCAGCACUGUUAGUUCAAGAUUUACAGUAACACUUUGAAAGGCUCUAAUGUAGUUCGUUAAUCCUGAAUUGAUCAUGACUUGUGGUUCUCUGCACUUCUAGGCAGGGUUUGACAUGAUUGUCUCUGGUGCUGUAGCUUUUUUAAAAAUCCAUCUUCUUAGGUCAGAACUAUGCAAAAUUAGAAUGAUAUUUGUCAAACUCCCUACCCCAUAUCUUUCUCUAUCCCUGUGAAAUACAUGCUGAAUAAAAUGGAGUUUGGCAAUUUCA